AUGUACGGGUUGCGCCAAGCACCGCGUGCGUGGCACACGCGGUUGAAGAAGGAGCUCGGUAACUUCGAGUUCGUGGCGUCCUUUGCGGAUGCGGUGCUCUUCGUGGAAAAGGUGAACGGGGAGCGGGUUUACCUCAUCGUUUGGGUGGACGAGAUCCUCGUCGCGGCCCGGGGAGCGGAGCGGAUUGCGAAGGUGAAGGCGCACUUGGCGGACAAGUUCGACGUGCGGGACUUGGGGGAGGCGACGUACUUCCUCCGGAAGGAGUUGGCGCGCGACCGGGAGGCGCGAACUUUGAAGCUCACCCAAAAGAAGCUCACCGGAGAGCUUGUUGCGCGGCACGGAUUGGCGGGCGCAAGGGCGCGCUCGGUCCCCCUUGGUGCGGGGAAGAAGUUGACGAGAGCCGUGGGGGCAUUGGCGCGCUACACAAGCGCGCCAACGGACGCACAUUGGGCGGCGGCGCUUGAGGUGGGGACCGCGGAGGACGGAAUAACCUUUGGGGGGAGCGGUGAGGUCCUUGAGGCGUUUUGCGACACGGACUUUGCGGGAGACGUUGACACGAAGCGUUCCACGACCGGGUACGUCUUCCUGAUGUACGGGGGAGCGGUGCGUUGGUCGAGCCGUCUUCAGCCGACAAUUGCGGCGUCGACGGUGGAAGCAGAGUAUAUGAGUGCGGGGCAGGCGGUAAAGGAGGCGCUGUGGUUUCGCAAGUUGGCGGGAGACUUGAAUUCGAAUCUUAGUGGAGACAACUUGGACGUGAAUGCUCAAAAGGGUUGCAUGUGUGCAUUUCAACUCGAAGAGGAAGUGGAGUACGAGAAAGCCCAAAAAGAGGGGGAAAAAAGAAAGGAAGCAGAGCUGAAGCUGAAGACAGAGGACGAUGAAGGGCAGAAGUGGGAAACGACAGAGAUGGCCCACGGGGUUGGAUUAAGUGAAGAUUGCGCUCGAGGAAAGUGCGUUGAACCGGGGUUGCCGCCAAGCACGGAUGCCGAAAAGGGGCCUACUUUGGGAGUCACCGGCGGGGCCGUGGGCGGCGGUUGGCGAAGCUGA